AUGCAUAUUGACACAACAUCCCAUAUAGGCGGGCUAGGCUCCAGCAUAGGCAAGAAGCUCCGAGAGCAGGGUGCUCACCUCGCCAUCCUGUAUGCCCCGUUUGAAGCUGCCCGCCGAGAGGAGCUUCUCGAAUCCGGCUAUGGAGGAGGCAGCGACGCAAUUCGAACCUAUGAAUGCGAUAUUACUGCGCCAUCAUCAGUCGAGUCUGCCUUUCAUGCUCUAGAACGGGAAAUGAUCAGAGCGUCUUCGUCAACCCAGAGCGACGUGGUCUUUCCAAGCAUCCUCAUCAACACUGCCGGAUAUGUCUCGCUGAGUGACAUGGAGAUGACUCCGCCGGAGGAGACCAUGCAACAUUUGACCACCAAUAUCUUUGGGCCAAUGCUGUGCUCGCAAGCCUUUGCGCGACUUUACUUUGCCGCCUCUAAGACCGCAGAAGCAUCCGCGAACCCAUCCCCGCCCGGCCGAAUUGUCAACAUUGCAUCGCAAGCUGCGCAUGUGGCGCUACCGCGACAUGGGGCAUACUGCGCUUCCAAGGCUGCCUUUAUGGCGUCGGAAUGGGGCGGACAAGGUAUCACAGCCAACUCCGUGUCACCCACCGUGGUGUGGACGGCUCUCGGGAAGAAGGCUUGGGGGGAGGACUCGGUGCGGGAGGCCUUUUUGAAGACUAUUCCCUCCGGCAGGUUUGUGCUUCCCGAGGAGGUUGCGGAUGCUGUUGUCUUUCUUUGCCAGGAUUCGAGUGGUAUGGUUAAUGGCGCGGAUAUCAGAGUUGAUGGCGGCUUUACUAUCCAAUGA